AUGAAUCCCAAGGAAACAAUCGCCAGCAGCAGCAAAGCAGCAAACAGAGGCAGCAGCAGACACAAACAGCAGCAGCAGCACAGGGGCCAUCAGCGCCCAGCAGCAGCGCAACGGGAACAGCAGCGCGGCGAGGCUGGCGAGCCGCAGCAGGCGAAGAGCAGAAAACGGAAAGCCCCGCAGCAGCAGCCACGCAAGCAGCAGCAGCAGCAGCAGCAGCAGCAGCAGCAACAGCAACAGCAGCAGCAACAGCAACUGCAGCAGCAGCAGCAACUGCAGCAGCAGCAGCAGCCACUGCAGCAGCAGCAGCAGCAGCAGCAAUGA